UAUUCAAUUGUUUUUUUAAUUUACAAAAUUAUCCGUUUCAAUUUUAUUAAAUUACCUUUAUCAAUAGCAAUUAAUAGGAUUAAUAUGGCACCUGUUAAAGCAGCAAGUGCAGCUCUUAGUUUAGAUACUCCUACAGUUUCAACAAAACAGAUAAGAUCUAUCAAAGCCGAAGCCAAAACUACGAGAGUAGUAGAUGUUGCACGCUAUGUUCAUGAUGAUCCGAGAGAUUUUAAAGGAAGGCUAGGAUAUGCCUGCCUCAAUACUGUUCUUAGACAUCAAAAACCGCCUGUGUUCUGUUCAAGAACAUGUCGUCUAAGUACUGCGCAAAAGAAUGGUGUUGAAUAUUUACAAGAACUAGCAUUACAGAAUAUUGAGGAUCUGAAAAAGUUGAUACAAUGGAAUGAAGAUAAUCAUAUAAAGUUCAUGCGCAUAUCCAGUGAAGUAUUUCCUCUUGCAACUCAUGAAAAAGUGGGUUACUCUAUUGAUUUUGCGAAGGAUGCACUUGCUGAAGUAGGCGUAUUAGCUAGAAAAUACAAUCAUAGAUUGACAACUCAUCCUGGACAAUACAAUCAGCUGGUGUCACUUACACCCAAAGUGGUCGAAAAUACGGUUCGUGAUCUGAGUCAUCAUGCUCAAAUGAUGGAUUAUAUGGGACUUGAUAAAGAUGGUGUUAUGAUCAUACAUAUGGGCGGAGUUUACGGUGACAAGGAAUCUGCUAUAGCGCGAUUUGAGGAACAAUAUGUAAAGCUUCCAGAACCUGUUAAGAGAAGAUUGGUACUGGAAAAUGAUGAAUUUGGGUAUUCCGUGUCUGAUCUGCUUCCGGUGUGUAAGAAACUCAAGAUACCUAUUGUAUUAGACUGGCAUCAUCACUAUAUAAACCCAGGAGACAUAAAAGAUCUGGUCAGUGUUCUUCCAGAAAUUAACCAGAUAUGGGCAGAAAGAGGAAUAAAACCAAAGCAACAUUAUUCAGAAUCACGAAGAGGAGCAAAGAGUAUAACAGAGAUGCGAGCACAUAGCGAUAGGCAAAUACACUUUACCACCAACAACAGAUGAUGUUGAUCUCAUGAUUGAAGCAAAGGAUAAAGAGCAAGCUGUGCU